AUGGACGCAAGCAAAAGCUCAUUGCUUAGCGACGUUCACAGUAGCAGCGGAGGCGUUGAUUUACCAGAUGGAGUAAAAGCAUUUGUACGUCGUCUGCAUGAACCUUAUGAACGCCAUCGUGCACACGAUCUGCGUGCUGAAUGCUACCGACGUGGCAUCCGUCCCAUCAAGAAAGGACCGAAUGCUAAUGACAAUAAAGGGGGAUACAUUAUUUUAUUGCGCAAAUACGAUGGAACUCUUGCCUCAAGUGUUCAAGGAUCUUCUUUUGGUAAUAGUGGACAUCAAUUACCCAAGCGAGGUGAGCAGGAAAUUGGAAAUGAAAGCGUUGGAGACACCUCCGAGAUGCAGAUUAUCAGUAAUAUGACAAAUAAGAGGAAUUUACCCAUGACAAUGUCAACCCAACCAGAGACAGCAACCUCUACAGUAGAAUUACAAGGAUUUUAUGAUGGAAGUCAAGGAAACCUCCUUGCGAUGCAGUACCCAGUACCUAAUCUAAGCAAAUCCGCGACUUCGACAGCCGAGAAUCCAACAACCGAUUUGGAAAUUUUAAGUGGAAUUGCCAACUCGUAUACUCAGAAUGUCGUAGCUGAUGGACAAUUGUGUGGCAAUUGUCGAACGGUCGUCACAGAUCAAUUGAUGGAGUCCAUUCGACUUGGUAAAAUGAAGAUGAGUCUUCACGAAUGGCAAAAAGUAGCCGAACAACGAGAUCGAGAUACACGUCAUUUAAAAGAAGUAUUGGAUAUUUUACACGAUUUACGAAGAUCGUACCGCGAAGCACAAGUGCAUGGAAUGAGUCACGAUAUUCUUGUUGAAUUACAGGAUGAUAUCGCAUUUUUUCGAAAUUUAAAAGAACGUACAAAAGAACGUAUGCGACAGACUUUACAAGACGCUCGCGAGCGUUUAAAUAAAUCAAAUACGACGGCCUAA